ACUAGAACAAGAGGGGCUGGCAGGAGCGCAGCGCUUGCUGCUGGCUUGAGGAAAUUGAUGACGGGGAAGCAUGCGGGCAACCCAGCGUAUAAAACUCAUAAACGUGUAGGCAGAAGCUCAGCUACUACUUUGGACGGCUGCUUCCCCGCCAGCAGAGACCACGACGGCAGAGAGCUGAGCCCGAGCCAGCCGGGAGACAUGAAGAGCCUCUUGCUGCUGACCACACUCCUGGUACCUCUGCGCCUGGGCAUGGCUUGGAGCGCCAAGUAUGCGGUGGACUGCCCGGAACAUUGUGAUAACAGCGAGUGCAGGAGCAGCCUGCGCUGCAAGAGGACGGUGCUGGAUGACUGUGGCUGCUGCCAGGUGUGCGCCGCGGGGCCCGGAGAGACCUGCUACCGGACGGUCUCAGGCAUGGACGGUGUCAAGUGUGGCCCUGGGCUAAAGUGUCACUUUUACAGUGAGGAGGAUGAUUUUGGUGACGAGUUUGGUAUCUGCAAAGACUGUCCCUUUGGCACUUUCGGGAUGGAAUGCAAAGAGACUUGCAAUUGCCAGUCGGGCAUAUGUGACAGGGUGACCGGGAGAUGUAUGGAGUUUCCCUUCUUCCAGUAUGCUGCAGCCAAGGUGCCCAGCAGGACCUCUGCCUCCCACACAGAGCGUGAUGCAGCGUCUGGAGACGGCAACGCAGUGAGAGAAGAGACCACAGAAGGGGAUGCUGCUCGCCCCUCUGUAAUGAAAUGGUUAAAUCCACGCUGAUCCUGCCUGAGAUUUGCCAGGAGGAGACUCCGCUUUUGUGACCAACAUUCAGCCAACAUUUUAAGAGCCAUCUAGAACAAAGACUAUGGACAUGUAAUUUAUGGAGAUCAAGUGUGAUUCAGAGUGGAUUCAGAAAAAAAAAAAGGCUAUAUACAACCCAUAAAACACAUAUGACUGAACAUUUUUAAAUAUUUGUUAAAUAUUUAAAUGCAUAUAAAUCUGUAUAAAUUGAGAUGGUUUUGCAGUGGAUGAGUAAUUUGCUGAAAGCUGAAGAAACUGUGGGUUCUUUGACCUGGGUGCGCCUUCUUGUUGAGAUACAGGUUGAAGGAAGAGCAAAAGAGGGUGGGGAAGGGAGUGAGACUAAGGGGUUAUAACAUCUGGCUCUUCCCUGUUGGAGCUUAAAAUUUACUAUUUUGUUUUAAUUGGAAGAAAUAAAAUAAGACCAGAAAAGCCUUGAAGGAAGUGGGGUGUUGGAAAUUCGUGGGCGUCUGAGCAACUGCUUUGAAUGGAAAUGCUACUAUUACAGUUACCUGUAUCUGACAGGGUCGGGCUGGGGUGGAUAUUUAUUCCCAUCAUUGUUAAACAUUGUGGGCCUUGAGAUCUGGGAAAGCAGUUUUCCUCCUGGGGGACAGAACAGGGUGAAGGUGAAUAUUUACGCGUUUUUAUAAACAAAUCGGUUAGUUUAAACAUUUCUCCAACACCCAUAUUUCUCACCGUCUUAGAGAAAUCACCCUAAUGUUGGUUUGUUUAAGAUGGGUUCUCAAGCAACCUGUAUAUGGAAAGUUUGUCGUUAACAAUUACAUUAAUAUUAAUAAAAUUUCAGUUACUGUAAGUUUAUAAAAUGUUGAAAAAUUUCUUAAAAAUGCUACAUCUUGAGUAAAUUCUAAAUUUGAAUUGAAAAAUGACUUUUUAAACAGUUUGAGAAAGGAGACUUAAUUUUCAUCAGAAAAUAUUUUGACUUUAAGAUAUAGUUUAUUUUCAUUUUUUUAUUCCUCCACACUUGGCUGAUGAGUGGAUUACACUGAACAGGGAUUACACCCUUGGCACAGAAAGGACUAUUGUAUUAGGUGAUGCUGAGAAAUAUUUGCAGAGGUAUUUUAUUUGAAGUGAAGAACUUAUUUAAGAGUUAUUUCAUUAUUUACUUAUAUUUUAUUCUCAAAUGUUGCCAACAGAUUUGUGAAUGUACUUGUGGGAAGAGCCUUGAAUGUAAGCAGAAUCAGCUGUUAGGUUUUGUUUUAAGAGAACUAUUGUUCAAU